CUUCUUCAUCUCCAUAAUCAACCCUUCUCUCUCACACACACAGUCAAAAUUCAGUAGAGAGAGAAACAAACAUGGGCUCGUUUCUGCCCUUAUCCAUCGUCUUAUUCUCCCUCCUCUUCAUAGUCUCAUCGGCGAUCGACAUGUCGAUCGUCGCCGACCAAUCGAACCAGAUGAACCAUGACGAACUAAUACCCAUCUACGAAGCUUGGCUCAUCAAGAACAAGAAGUUCUAUAAUGCUAUCGGAGAGAAGGAAAAAAGAUUCCAGAUCUUCAAAGACAACUUUCAGUUCAUCGACCAACAUAACGCCGAGAACCAUACCUACACUCUCGGCCUAAACAAGUUCGCUGACUUGACCAACGAUGAAUACAGAUCUAUGCACUUGGGUGGUCGUUUUGGGGAACGCCGGCGUCUAUCGUCGACUAAGAAGAGCGAUCGUUAUCUUUCACGGGUCGGCGAUAGCUUGCCGGAUUCCGUCGAUUGGAGAAAGGAAGGUGCCGUUGCUGAAGUCAAAGAUCAAGGAAGUUGUGGGAGUUGUUGGGCUUUCUCGACGAUUGCUGCUGUGGAAGGAAUCAAUAAGAUUGUGACGGGCGAACUCCUGUCUCUGUCUGAACAAGAACUGGUAGACUGUGAUACUUCUUACAAUGAAGGGUGCAAUGGAGGGUUAAUGGAUUAUGCUUUCGAGUUUAUUAUCAAGAAUGGUGGGAUUGACACCGAAGAAGAUUACCCAUAUUCAGGAAGUGAUGGAAGAUGUGAUACUUUGAGGAAAAAUGCAAAGGUUGUGACUAUUGAUGAUUAUGAAGAUGUACCUGUGAAUGAUGAGAAGGCUUUGCAGAAGGCUGUUGCUAAUCAACCUAUCAGUGUUGCUAUUGAAGCUGGUGGCCGCGAAUUCCAGUUAUAUGAAUCAGGUGUGUUCACAGGUAAAUGUGGGACAGCACUCGACCACGGUGUUGCAGCGGUUGGAUAUGGAACAGAACACGGUCAGGACUAUUGGAUUGUGAGAAAUUCGUGGGGAAGCUCGUGGGGAGAAAACGGUUACAUAAGGCUUCAGAGAAACGUUCCUAAAACCGGGACUGGAAAAUGUGGAAUCGCAAUGGAGGCAUCUUAUCCGAUAAAGGGUAGUCAAAAUCCUCCUAACCCAGGUCCAUCUCCACCAUCUCCAAUCAAGCCUCCUUCUGUAUGCGACAGUUACUAUUCUUGUCCAGAGAGCAGCACUUGUUGUUGUGUAUACGAAUACGGUAACUAUUGCUAUGCUUGGGGUUGUUGCCCACUCGAAGGCGCCACCUGUUGCGACGACCAUUACAGUUGUUGCCCACAUGAUUACCCCGUUUGUAACGUUUACUCUGGAACUUGCUUAAUGAGCAAGGAUAAUCCUUUGGGGGUGAAGGCAAUGAAGCGAAUUGAAGCUAAACCGCAUUGGGCUUAUGUCGAUGGUGGGAAGAGGAGCAGCGCUUGAAGACCGAUGAACGAGGGCGAGGGAAAUAGUGGCUAGAAUUUGUUGUAUUUACCUCGAAAUCAUUGACAAUAUGAUUGAUGGUUAUGCAGAUGCAUAAUCAUGUACAUAGAUGCAUUUUUAUUAUUUCUUCAUCAUUAUUGUUGUAUCUCAAGUUCAAAGGCUACUACUAUCUUAUAUGCAUAUAUAAUUUAUGCAAUAAUAAUAAUAAUUAUUAUUAUGUGCUUUUUCUGUGUAAUUGUUGGUCAAGUUGGUGAACAAUUUUAUGAUUCAGUUCUUGUCAAUGUGUAAACUUUGUUUGCCUUCUUUUUCAUAA